AAAUGAGGAAUAUUUGUAUUCAAAAAAUUUCAGUCGGUUUACAGGUAUAAUAUCUUUAUUUUAUUGCAGCUAUGGUAUUUUUGGUAUUUUCAAAUGUUUUAAAAUUCUAUCAAAGUAACUGUUUUUUUUUAAUGUGUAAAUAUUUUUUUUGGUUGUCUAGGGUUAGGCCUUCUAGUUACAAGCAAUAUGUAAACUGUCUUCUUGUUACUUGAAGUUACUGCUUAUUACGCACCCCUAUUUAUGGAAGUCAGUUGAGAAUAUUUAGCAGGUGUCUGUUAGAAUGUUUUCGGAAUAACAUUGACGGUGAUGUCAGUCAAAUACGCUAAAUUUGACAGUUUUUUAAAAAGAAUAUUGAGCAACAAGGAAUACAAAGAAGUGAAAACUUAUGAACCUUGUGUUGUUACAUCAAGCAAAGAAAAACAUGCAUUCAGAUUCACGUUCAUUACAAGAAAUAGAAUUUAUAUCACAGAAAAUCCACCAAAAAGUCUUCUAUACUCUGUUGAAUUGAAGGAUGUAGUGGAUAUUUUUGUGGUCAAUGACAAAGCGAAUUUCUUACAAGCAGACCUACGGGAUCGAGUUGAACAUGUUGUUGUCAAACACAUAAGUCAGGAUGGUAAUAACAGCAAUGAUACAUUUGAUAAUUCACAUUUGAUGCCAGAGUCUUCUGGAAAUGCUGGUUCUUCGUCUUCAACGGAAAAUCCGACUCCACUCUUAUGUUCCUAUCUCAAUGUUGGUUCUGUAGCUGAUAGUCACUCUGUUUCAUCAGAACCACAAGCAUUGAGUGAUUUUGAUGACAACAUGAAUGAAGUUCCAACACAGAAAAACAAGAAAAAUGCCAAUUCUUCAAGAACUAAGCGGUUGUCAGGUUCAAGUAGAUGGGAGAGUAAAGAUCCUUAUUAUGUUCAAGUUAUGUUGCCAAACGCUGUGAUGUCUUCCUCUCAAAAUCUUGAAGAACUGCAUAUCUAUAUACUAAGUGAAAACACAACAUAUUUUCGUAUGCUUCAAUCUGUGUGGAGAAAUUACAUUGUGUACCACAGCUCUUCUCAAAGACAAGAACAAGUUCAAUCUACCUUGAAUUCUACUCUUCAAUAUGAUGAACUUGAUCGUGCAACUUCAGAUAAAUCAGCUUCAAUGGAUGAAAGUACAAAAAGUUUAUUUGCUGACUUGAAACAAGAAUUACAGAUGGCACAAAAUAUUGAAAUGCUUUAUGGGUUAUAUAAAGAAUUGAAGACAGCUGUAACACAAGAUAUUUUAAUAAAACAUUUGUUCUGGAAAGAUGAUAUUUUGUUUAAAAAAAGCAUUGAUUUAAUCAACCGAUAUAUUAAACAAAGUGUUUCUGUUAAUAUUGAUGAAAGAGCUGAUGAAAUAGAAUUAGCAAUCAUUGUUCUUCAUACUGUGGCAAUUAUGAUUAGAGAGUCCGAAGCAAUACCUCGAUGUUAUAGAGUUCUUCAAAACUUGAGUCUUCCACAGUUUAAAGAUAUAAUAGAAUCUUUGCUAUGCAUGCCAAAAUUAUUAUGUGACUCAUGGUUAUGCAAUGAUGAUAUCAAAUCCAUGGUUGCUGAAUCCACUGUUGCUUCAUGUGAAGUUUUAUAUGAAAUAAUCAUUGCAUCUCAACAGGUAUCCUGGAUUGUCACAGGAAAAUCUACAGUCUUUGGUAGAACAGUAUUGUUUGCAACCAUAAAUGAAAGUGAGCGCUUGCAUGGUUUCCUGGAUAGACUGAUACAUUCUUGUAUCAAACUAUGGGAUUCUAAAGAAAUGAAAUCGACUAAAUACAAGAAAAGGCAUCAACUUCUAGGCACUGAAGUUUUUUCUCCCGAAAACGCUGUCAAAGCUUUCCAUCUAUUCACUGUAUUUCAUCGAAUAAUAGUCAGAUCUCCAACUGCAGCACAACAUGUUAGAUCAAGUUUUCGAGAAGAAUUCAAGUAUUACAUCAAUCCUUCAUCCGUUUCUGCGAAAUUUCCUCAGGAAUAUCCUAUUUCUGCUAUGGCAAGAUCUGUAGUCCAUGCUGUUGGUUCCUAUGUUACUGCGAUAUGAGUAUCUUUUGUAAGAAAUUACUGUCACAGAAUUCAGGGACACAAAUAACGAGCACAAUUAUGAAGAAAAAUAUUUUUUCAACUCGGGAGGUCAAAAAUUCUGGCCUCUAUACAUAUGGCUUAUUUAUAUGUUCAAGCUGUUUUCAACAACUUAGUUUUUGUUUAUUUCUUAUAUCCUGCAAUAAUUUCCUUGCCAAAAAAUAGUUAUUUUGUUGUUUAAAAAUGAAGGAUUUUGUCUCUUAAAUAUUGCACAGCUCAAUUCACUUUUGCUUACUCAGUCAAGAUGGGUUUCCUAACCCAAUCCCAACUGUUGGGUCAAUCCUGACUGCUUAAGAUCUUAUAUCGUUGAUAAUUUGCACUUUUGACGAUGAAAUGCAUUUGCUUUUCUAUUUGAUCUUUUUUUGACUUUGUCUUUUUUUCAGGUAAUAUUAAAAUUGAAGUUUAUGUGACAUUCAACUCCAGGCUUUUCAUAAGCUCGAAAUAUUUUGUCGUUUUGACUUCUACUUCCACAUUCCACUCUGUACUCAGAAAUUCUAAGCCUCUUCCUUAGCUCUGACUUUCUUGAAUCAAUUGGACUUUUCUAAAUGCAAUCUGAUUGCUCCGGCUUUUUGUUUGUUUUUGUGUGUACAACUGUAAUUUUACCUGUUUCAUUUUAUAUAUUUUUGUAAGUUUCUGUCCUUUGCACUUUUAAAUCUUCAGUAGUUGGUGAAAUUUUAUUUUUUUGAAGCAUUCAUGAUUUUGUGUUAUGUAUUUCAAGUUUUCGGUUGUUUAAUCGCACGAAUAAAUCAGUAUUUCGAAUAGGAUUGUUUGUAUAGUUCUGUUGACAUGAUAGGAUUGGUUGAUUUUACACUAAAGACUAAAUGAAUAACGACUUGUCUUCUCGCCACAAAAACAGUACAGAAACUAGAAUUCCCGAUCUUUUUGAUUAAAUAUUAGAUCAUUGGAUAUCGCUGCUCGAUAGCCAG